AUGAAUUCGAAAUGUAUUGAUAUUCUUGCGGUUAAUGAAACUCGUUCUUAUAAUACUAUAUCUAGUGGCGAAGUUACAGUACCAGGCUAUGCCCUGGAGAGAAAUGAUAGAAACAGCGACGGAGGGGGUGUCGCCCUUUAUAUCCGGAAUACUAUCAAUUAUGAACGCCUAUUUGAUCUCGAGUGCGAAAGCCUCGAGUGGAUUGGCAUUAAGGUAAUCAAACCCAAGGCUAAAUCUUUUAUUGUGAGUACGUGGUAUAGACCACCACGUUCUAAUGUAGACGCCAAGAAGGAUUUUGAACUUCUCGUUCAGCGAAUCGAAUCGCUGGGGCAAGAGGAAAUAUUUUGGGGGAUUUGAAUUGUAAUGUGGCUGCUUGCCCACUAGAAUCACAUACAAAGAAUCUUCUGGAAAGUUGCAACCUUUACCAAUACCACCAGCUGAUAAAUGAACAUACCCGAAUCACUGAAAAAUCUGCUACUACUAUUGAUUUAUUCCUAACAAAUAACAAGGAAAUUUUUACCCAUUCUGGGGUCUGUCACAUCGGAAUAAGUGACCAUUCUCUUAUCUAUGGAGUUAAAAAAUUUUGUGUUCCCAAAGGGAAACCAAAGAUCGUGGAGUCGCGACAGUUUAGGAAUUUUGAUGCUAAUUCAUUCCACGCUGACCUUAGCCUAGCACCUUGGCAC